GAACUAGCGCUUCGUGACAUCUAUGACUUUGCCUCUCAGGAAGGUAAACAGUGUCGGCUGGUGCUCGAGUACUUGCGCAGUCAAGCUGCAUUUUAUGACGAUACUUUGAAAAUAUUAAAUCGUCGUAUUCCAGAACUGGAGAUGGAGAUUAGUAAGUCCUUAUAA